AUGGGAAGAAAAAUUGUUAGGGAAAAAUCUAUUGAGGAACCUGGAAAACGUUGUAGAUUGUGGGAGGAAAAAGGCGUCUAUCAUGACACUGCAACAGAAGGGAUUGAAGGCAUGAUCAUUGACAAUAAAGGGUGGGAAACAUACAUACACGUGGAAUCGAAGAAGAGGCUCAAUUUGAAUGUGGAUGCCUUCUUGAAGAUGAAAAAUUUGAGAUUGCUCAAAGUCCUUUGCCUCUCAAACUGUGAUGAUCUGAAAUAUCUUUCUAAUGAGCUUCGACUUUUAGAUUGGACAGGAUAUCCUUUAAGAUUCUUGCCUCCAAGCUUUCAACCCGACAACCUUGUUGCUCUUCUCUUGCCAUACAGUCGUAUCGAACAACUAUGGAAGGGAAACACUCUCUUGUUCAAGUUGAAAGUGCUCAACCUCAAAGACACCAGACUUCGCGACAACCCCAAAUCUGGAAAUUUUGAUAUUGGAGGGUUGAAUAAAAAUAUUGAGAAUUUACCAAAGAAUUUGCAGCAAGUUGAGUUUCUGGAAGAGCUUGACUUGAGUGGAACAGCCAUUGCAAAACCGCCUCCUUCAUUUUCCAAUUUAAAAAUCUUAAAGUUCUGUCUUUCAAUGGGUGCAAGGGAACAUCAUCUAAGUUUGACUUCAUUAACUAGCUUGAAACUAAAGGACUGCAAUCUUUGUGAAGGAGAUAUUCCUAGCGAUAUUUCUUGUCUAUCCUCUUUGAUAACUCUUGAUCUCAGUGAAGGUGUAAACAUAGAUGGUUGUUCUUCUCUGGAACUAGUUCCUAAUAAGGUAUGUAAUUCAGUGGGUGGAGCACGGUUUAGGGGUCUUCACUGCUAUAGAUUGGCUGAGAAUAUCAAUGCUUAUACAUUACAUAUUAAGCAACAUGUAAUUUCAAGAAAAGGGUUUGAUGCUGUUGUACCUGGAAGUGAAAUCCCAAAAUGGUUCAGCCAUCAAACAGUUGACUCGUCAAUCAAGAUACCACUGCCUAACAAUAUUUGGAAUGAUUGUCAAUGGAUGGGAGUUGCUUUCUCCUGCAUUUUUGUCGAUGAUGAUGCUUUGAGGGAUGAGGAACUCACAUGUGAAGUUGUUAUUCAUCAUAGAAAAUCUGGACAAGCUAGUUGUGAUGGAUCUGUUUCUUGGGUUAAAAAUCAUCAGCAUGUCAUAUGGAGAUGCUGGAUUUUUAAUAAAGAUUAUGUCGAACCCAUGAUAAAGGACCACUUUUAUCAUACUUAUUUGCCGCGUGACUCAUUAUAUCCAUUUUACUCAGAGGAUAAAUGUGGUGAAAGUGAAAUUGAGGAUUCACCGACAAUAGGUUACUCGAAUCAGGUAUUCGAUGAACUUCAAUUGUCGAUAACAUCUGACGACCGUGCCAAAUGUGUUAAGGUGAAGAAAUGUGGGGUUCGAAUAGUGUAUCAGAAUGAUUUGCAAGAUAUCAAUUAA